AUGUUACUUUCUGCAUUUCCAAAUGGCGAAUAUGAUUUUUUAACUUUUGAAUAUAGAAAUCAUGGAAAUUCUGAAAAGGAAUAUCACAGUACCAUUCUUCCAGACAAAUCAUACAGCACUUAUGGAAGUUUGGAAUGUGCUGACUUGUUGGGAGCUAUUGAUUUUGUAAAAUCUCAAUAUCAAGAUAUUGGAUUAUAUGGUUUGUCAAAGGGAGGGGCUGCUAUUCAGACAAGUUAUUUGAAAUCAAAUCCAAGUGAUAAUAUUGGAGCCAUGUUUUUGGAUAGUCCAGCGAUAUUCUUGUACCUAUUCAAAAUUCUGAGAGAUGCAGUGCUUUGGCUUCUUCAGAUUUAA